UUACUUACUUUUUACUCUAUUUGCACCCCCCUACUUUUUCAUCCAAACAACAAUUUACCCCUCCACUUACACCCUCCACCAAGUUGCACCCCCCAACAAUUUACCCCUCAACUUGUACCCCCUCGAACUUGCACCCCCCUUGUUGCCAAACAUAGUGUGAGUCUCUAGGUAGAUCAACUUUUUUGGCGGUGUCUAGCUCACGACGGUGUGGGAGAGAUGCACAACUUCGAAUCCUUAUCCGAAGAAAUCAACCAAACAGAAUUGUGGCGGUGGCUCUUCACCUCGGUGCAGCGGCAACGCCUUGGCGGCAGCGGAGAUGUUCAAGUCGAUAUCCGCAUAUUCACUUUUGGGUGUGAGAUGGUUCAUCACUCUCAUGAGUUUGUUUUCUCUGCUUUCUCAAAUACUGGCGAUUCGGCUUCGGAAUGGGAUUUAUCAUGCGGUCGGGGUGGUUGUAAGUUCCCGUUCAAGCCAUCAGAAACAAGAAAGGGGGUUAGUAGCUUCUAAUCCACAUAUUGAUCAAGGGUCCGCACAAUUAUCCUGACCAAAGACAUCGUCAAAGGUAUUCUUUUUUUCCUUAUGGUUCCAUCCAUCUAUUUUCCCACUCUCUCAACCCUCUGUGAUCUAUAUCAGUUUUCUUUUUUGACAUCUCUGUCUUUUGUUUGAUGUGUUCGAGGGCUAUACAGGGAUGGGGAUCGCAAAGUAAGGCAGAGAAGGCUUGAAACAGAAAGCCCUUGGUGAGCUUUCUUUAUGAGCUUUUCUUCAUAGUUUUUGGUGGAACAUCUAAGUUACUAACUCUAAAUCUUUUCCCUCAGAUCCGAUGCAUUUUCAUCUCCGAGACUCCCGUCAGAAUCAAUUUUUUAUUUGUCAAAGAUCCCUCAGCAGGAUAACUUCUGGAUUAGCACUCUCUUUCUCAAUCUUCCUAAUCUGCUAUGAUCAGAAUCGAGAGAAUAGUAGGAGCAAACAGUAAGUUAUCCAUCUUUAUCUUCUAUGGUGUUUUCUGAUUAUGUAUUUGUGGGUUAUGAUUCCUUUUCUCGAACUAAUUUUCUGCAGAUUGUAAGCUCAGUUUAUUCACGAUCUCAGUAUUGUGUUUGUCUACAUCUUCGAAGAAAUCGAAUGCAUUCUAAUAUAGCGGUGGUAUUGGUUGUUGGUUGUUCUAAUAUGCCACGUAUCCUUCUCCCCUAUUUUACGGUUUUAUAUUUGGUGUUGUUUUGUAUUAUUAAUUGUCCAUGAGUUUUGCUAGCUGUUUGGAUGCGGUUUUGCCCAACUUUCUAACUUGAAAGUUGUUGGUUUCUCUCUCUUUGUGUGCUGCAGCCUACAGUGUUGCUACUUGCUAGAGAUUGUAAUCAGUUCGUGUUGGAGUCUUUGAUGCUUAGGAAGGAUGGAUGGAGCGCUGUUGUGCAAUCUCAAGAGGCGAUAUCCUGAAUUAGUUGGUGGUGUUCUCGAAGGUUCUAUCUUCUUUGAUGGUUGUGUGCUCUCAUCCCUUGAUUCCUCUGCUGCAUCUUUUUUUUUUCUUAUCAGUUUCUCCUAAUGGCGAUUUUGCUUCUCAACAUACCGGUUGUCCUCAAAUCCCAGAAAGGCCCAUAGGACAAGGUAAUGGCGAAAAUUAGAGUACUACAGAGCUUCCGGAGAAUACCCAAAUCCUCAUAUUUUUAAUUAACUAUCCCUUUCGGGUGUGAGCAGGGUUUGGGGUGAUUAUAUUUGAAUCCUCACUAUUGAGUUUUCUACCUUUCUUAACAUCCUCUGUUUUUCCUGCCCUUUUCAUUGAUCGAAGAAACACAUCCGGAACAAAUCUUUAAUGGUUUUAUGCACAUAGUCUUCCUAUGAAUCUAGGUUCAUCGACUUCCCAUCCAUUCACCAUAAAUGGUAUUUUCUAUAAAGAGUUCUUACACUGCAUUGUAUUCACUUAAGUACAAUUGUUUCUUCUUCGAGACUUUGAUAGGGAGUGGUCAAAUUAUCUGUUUCUUUUUCUUUCCAAACUCUUUUCAUUUUUCCCAUUAUUCAUACUGGUCUGUAGAUUUUGAUAGUUUUCCUAAUGUCUAGGAUAUUCCUUAGUUCAUUUUUCAAACUAUUAGCAGUAGCAUAUUUCCGUCAAAAUCAAUUGAGCAAUGGUUUGAUUGUAGCUGAUCCAUAUAAGCAUAGUUCUUUUCCUAGAAACUAUCUACUAUAUGGCGCUUUUUCCCGUCAUCAGUAGUGGUUCCAACUUCCAAGGAUCUAAUACUUUAUACACUGAUGCUCCCGAUGUUAUGUCCAAUACAAUUUCAAGAAUAUAAGUCUGCUGAUAGUCAUAAUACUGUUAAUCUUUUCAGGUAAUGCAAUCUGGGCAAUCAAAUGGAACUAUCUGCCUAUGUUUUGUUUCAUCAAGUUAUGUUUUGUUCUCGACAUGUAUAUAUAAUAAUAAUAAUAAUAAUAAUAAUAAUAAUAUUAUUAUUAUGUGCGCUUCUAAAUUUUGGAACUGGAAGUAGUUGCAUAGAUAUGCAUACUUUAAAUUAUGUAAUAUGUACUCUAGCUCGCAUGUUCUGACCAAUUUCAUAGUUAAUUAGUUGGAGAACAAACUUUGAUCGAUGGCUACAAGGGCUCUAAGUUAUUUAUUUGGUCAAACUUAGAAAUUGAUCAAUGAAAGCCCGUGAGCAUC